AUGGAGGCGCCCAAGGCUAAGAAGAAACCGCGGAGAACUCAUGCUUUCGGGGGCUGCGGGACGUGUCGGAGACGUCACGUGAAAUGUGACCAGGUUCGCCCAGUAUGCUUGACUUGCCAGGCAGUGGGAGCCAUUUGCGAUGGGUUCCGGACGGAGUUAAAAUGGGUGUCCGAGUCUCAUGGAACCGGCGCGAAAGAAACGGUCAGCCAGGACCUCACCAGUCACACGGUGAGAAACCACCUCUUCAGCGCAGAGCAGUCCCGCAAGUCUAUGAGCAAGGCCUUGCAGGAUGAUCUUGGUCGAAAACCCGUCGACGAGUCCCUCUCAGAGCUGGAGGAUCGGUGUAAGAAUGCAGUGGCAGGAUCUGGCAAAGACGUCGCAAUCGGCCCUUUCGGUGUCUUCCAGCUUCAGCAACGAGCAGCGGAGCCGGAAAAACAAGAGACGCCUACAUCAAUCACCGAUCAAAAUUGCUUGACUUGCAGUGAUACCGAUUUUGCACAGUCUGUGGGCUUUGUCGACUCUUUGAACAUGAACGACUUCCUUGAUUGGCCGGAUCUUUUUGAUUUGGAUCUUCCCGAGAAUGACUUUUUACCGCAAAACUUUGAAGAAGACAUUGCAAACGCCGCAUACCUCGAGACAUCUGGGUUACUGUCAAGAGGCACCCCGCUACGAGGGUUGGAGGAAAAUCCCGUGCAACAUGAAGGCGCACUGAAUGAUACCCGAUUGUCAUCCCCCAAACCCGUUGAUGCGUCGACCAGGAACGAGCUUGUGGACAAUGACAUCAACUACGCGGAUGUGCAGAUCCUCCUCAAACAUUUCAAUGACCAGGUAAUUGCGCAUAUGUGGGCAGCGCCGGUCACGCGAAAAUCGCCCUGGGAGCUCAUGAAUGUGGAUUCCGCGGUCAUUACCUUGGCAAGAUUGACAUAUAUGACAAGUCAGACCCUUUCCCACGCUGCACUUUCCAACCUUUUUGCUCUCACAGCCACGUCCGCAAAUCAUCUAGCAGCACAACUUUGCAAAGAGCCAGACUCUGCCGCCAGCGUCGAACACUGGCAACACCUGGCCACAGUGACCAUUAAGGAGGCUAAAAGGCACCUACAGUGGUCCUUGCGAAAUGAGGUGCGUGGCCCACACAAGGCCAAGUACAAAGACCAGCUCAUGGCCAUUAUCGCCAUGUUAUCAUUCUCUAUACUCUACGACAAACAGCCGGACGCUCGAGCGUACAUGAUCGAUGCUGAGCGGCUGUUGCGUCUCCGUGGUCUAGCCAAACGAAAUAUAUCUCGCAAAGCCAGAUUGUUGCAUCACGUGUAUACCUGGGCAAGAAUCGUCGACGAGAGUACGUAUGUUUUACGCAGCUAUGAUAACCUCGACCUGGAGACCGUUUUGCCCCGACGCUUCAAGGCAUCCACAGCGACCGAUCAAGCCAUAGCCGAGCCCAGACCCAGUCAUAAUCCGCGGUUGGAUGAUUUUUUGCGGCUAGAACAUAAUGCCCAUGAUCUUGACAGGGAGCCCGAAGGCCCCAAAGAGCAUGAGAUCGGCCUUCAUGACAUUCACCUGGAGGACACACGCGAAUUUUCCGAAGAACUGUUUGCGCAACUAUACGGAGUUUCCGAGACCUGGUUGAGUCUCGUCUCUCGCACAACACGAUUGGCCAAUAUCAUGGAUGCCGUGAGCGUGGUUAAAAAACGACAGGAGUUUGUACAUUUGGAGUGGUUGGAAACACAAAAACACCGGCUUGAAAAUAUGGUUUGCUCCUUUGCAUCGACGGGCCGACAGAAUGGGCAAAACACGGCUCCCCAUCCUCGGGAUCACAUGGUCCGCGCUCUGAAUUCGGCCCUCGUGAUCUUCUUCUAUCGGCGCAUCCGGAAUGUUAACCCGUGGAUCCUCCAGGAGCACGUCAAAAACGUCACACAAGCCUUAAAGGACUUUGACGCAGCUUGUCAAAGCUCCAACAUUGAUGCGCCGGGCUCGCCUUGGCCAGCUUUCAUGGCGGGCUGCGAGGCACUGUCACAGGAGCAGCGGAUUUACUUUUCCGACUGGUUCGAUAGAUCAAUCUCCACCACGGGGUUCCCCAGGCUUGUGAAAGCCAAAUACUGUAUGACUGAAGUGUGGAAGCUCCAAGAUGCCUCCAUACAAAGCAGGCAACGAAAAGGCAUGAAUCAAAUCAACUCUUGGGUUGAAGUGUCUAAACAAGAAAAUCUACAUAUGCUUCUAUCAUGA